AUGAUUGUAGAAAAACGGGACCACUUGGAACGAAUGGAAAUGGCCAAGCCGAUGCGGUCUUUGAUCGAUGAUUUGACCAGUUGUAGCAUCAAGGAGUUGCCAGCUAAAUUGGAAGCUAACCUCAAGUGGGAAAAACCCAGGGGCGAUCUCUUACAUUGGGUUAGUGUAUUGAACCGAAUGGACGAAAUAUAUGAGGAAAUCAUCAACAAGUACGACUUGGAAAAUGAAUUCCCCAGACUACAGCUCUUCUCGCAAGAAGAACAGACCCUUAUAUGUUCCUGUUUGAAGUUCACGUAUAUCCUUCUUGACCAUUGCUCUGACAGACAAAUAUAUUCAAGCUCAGAACGUAUCUUUGCCUUGUUGAAUACGCCAACAAUUGAUGUCAGACUUCAUGCUUUGGAAGUAGCAGUGUUGAUUUCUGAGAAAUACGCUCAAUCCUCUUCUUCUAGAUACUCAGCUCCCAAGCAAAUCAAGAAUAAAGUUCUCCAAAUGGCGAGGUCUUAUCCUCCUAUAGUCCCUCCUAGUUAUGCAAAAGCUCACCAGGAAGAUCCCAAAGCUGAGGAAUCAGAUAAGCCCUCAGUGAUGGGAGACCACUUUAAUUUCAUCGACACAUUAAGUUCAAAAAAGAAAUAUCCUUCCAAAUGGAAGUCUCUAGAAUUUCCGUAUUAUAAGACAGUCUUGGUGAACGACCAGAAAAAAUCCCAACAACCAGGAUCUGAUAGAAAAAAGUCUGAGAAGACUGAUAAAUCUGAUAAGUCAGUUCAUCGCAGCGAAGGUUUAUCGACUUUCCAUUUGUCAGAAGAAUCUGUACGCAAGCUUACUCUAGAACAGAUAUACGACAAGGCAUCGGAUCUGAUUCCCAAAGAUUCGUGGUUUGAAUUUGGAUUGGUUGCGUCAGUUACAAAGGCUUUCAACACUAGAUCUUAUGAGUCUAUCAAGCUUCGUGAAAAGUUGCUUCAGAUCAAGUGUCUAGCAAUUGGCUUUGUGUGUUGCAUGUGUUCAAGCCAAUUCACCUCUUCUAGACUUUUUGAAGCUGAACCAUACAUUUUCAGUUUCCUUGUAGACUUGGUGCUGCCUACCAAUGACGACAAGGUUUCUACCCAGGUCUACUACGCCGCUACCAGAGCUCUUGAGUGCAUUUCUUCCAGGAAGCUCUGGGGAAGUGACAUUAUUAGAUGUAUGGGAGGAAAUGUCAACCAUGGGAUUUUAUUUCAAUGUAUAAGACACAUAAACAAGAUGGUCAGAAGCGAAGAUCCUAUCUACUUCGAAAGGGGAUACAUUCAUUUCUUCAACAUGUUGGGUAACUUGAUUAAUUCAAAGAACUUGAUCCCCAGAUUGACCUCUGGAGGCAUACUAAACGACUUGAUGUCGUUCUUUGACCUUCGUACAAAGUACAGGUGGUCCUGUUCAGCAGCUGUGCAUUUGACUUCAAACUACUUGAAGGCUUCACCGGACUCAUUUGAAGAAUUUGUCAAUAAAGAUGGUUUCAAUCUUCUUAUUAAUACCAUUAGGUAUGAAGUAAACUUUGCAUUACAGAAUCCAGAUUACGAUGGUGGCGCUCCUACCGAUGCAGUAGUGCACUACAGCAUAUCAUUCAGACAAGCCAACUAUAUCAAAAAUCUCAUGAAAUUGGUUUCUGAUCUCAUCCAGUCAGAUUCUGGAGACAGAUUGCGGAACUUGUUUGAUUCACCAUUAUUGGAGAGUUUCAAUCAGGUUUUACUUAAUCCCGAGAUCUUUGGGCCGUUGAUCUUGUCCACGACAAUAGAUUCCGUUUUCUUCAUUAUCCACAAUGAACCUACAGCAUUCUCUAUAUUGAACGAAGCAAAAGUGGUGGAUACAAUUUUGGACAAUUUUCACACCUUAUUUAUACCUUCAGGCAAUUUGCUUGUUUCUCUACCUGAAGUUAUUGGUGCAAUCUGUUUGAACAACGACGGGUUGAAGAAGGUGAAGGAGAAAGGAACGAUAUCCACUUUCUUUCAACUUUUCCAAGAUCUCGAAUGUCUGAAGGAAUUAGUCAGAUCAGAUAUGGCCACUAAUAUGGGCUGUUCUUUUGACGAGUUGGGAAGACAUUACCCAUCUUUGAAACCAGUCAUAUUGGACGCUACUAAGAAGUUGAUUGAGGAUAUAGUUCCGUACGCAAAUGAAAAAAUGGCUGGUGCCCGAUUCUACACUUCUUCUAAAGGAGCACUUUAUUACAGCGAAGAAGAGGAAAUUAUUGAAAAUGAAGAAGGAAAGAAUGAAAUUGAAAACUGGGACUCCACUGACAUGGCAUAUAUUUUGGAUAAUGUGUUUUUCUUCCUCGGAGGAUUGUUACAAGAUAGUGGCCAAUGGGGUACAGAUUCUAUGAAGGUGAUACCGUUCCAGCUUUGGUUGAAUUUCUUGACUAUGCCGAAUGCUCCUUUUGACUAUAUCACCUCUAAUGGAGUUUCUACAUUGUUGGGCAUUUUGAAGUAUUUUGAUGACGAGGGUCGUGAAUACGGAUUCCCUGAGUUGUUUUCCAGAUUAAAGGAACAAUUAGAAAAUCCUAUUAUUCAGGAAUUCUUGAAUUUUGACGACCCCAGCGUCUCCUUUUUCAGUAGAUUCGAAGAGGAAGAGGAGAUGGGUACCAUGUUUAUCCAAGAGUUCAAUAUCUUGCAUACUCUCCUCUACAUCAUGACCGAAAUCUAUGUAAAUCCUAUAUCUCUAUUCCAUGAACGUUUUCAACAAGUCUUGAAUGUUUUUGGUGGAACAGGAUUAUCUACAGUGACUGAUGUAGGCUUAUUGUUGAAGAGAGUGGUGUUAGAAGAAACUAUUAUUCGCACGAAUUUACCCUUGGAAGUAUGCAAACAAACAGAACGUGCACGAUCAGUCGCUCCGGAAAUUCCACCCCUUCCCAUCUGUGCUAGUGAACCUUCUUCCAAGCUGCUCAAGCAGGAUUUUACCAGUUCUAAGUUCAAGAACACUCUCCAGUUGAGGACUUUCAAUCACAAUUUCCAAACAUAUACUUCCAGUAUUUUCUGUUCUCUUGGUCGUGUUUGUCUGAGCAAAAGGCCUGAUUUUGCUUUGACACUGUGGCGGAGAGAUGCUGUAGCUCUAACAAUUGAAGUUGGUAGAGUCUUAAGUACGAUCUUUGAUGUCCAAAUAGACAAUGAGUACUAUUGGGAAUGCUAUGUGUUGAACAUUGCCACUGUCGUCUUAUACUCGUUGACCCUACGGGAUCGAAUCAAAGACUCACUUUACACUUCCUUGGCUAUUUCAUUGUUCCAGAAUGGAUUCUUUGAGAAAUUGAAAGAUUUCGCUCAUCGCCUAUGGAUGAAGAUCCUUCAGAUCGAACCAGAGGAGAUGAAGAAAACGAAGGAAUAUUCCUACAUCAGUAGAGACGAAAGUAGCGUUGUAAAGAAUGCCUUGAAUCUGCUGUUAGCCAUCUUUGUCAAAUGCGUUAAUACUGAAAGCUUUUCCAAUAUACCUUCUGCAAAAUUAUAUUUUCACACUGGAUACGGUAAAGAUGCUGAUAACAGAGUUACUUGUGCAUUACUAGUCCAAAUACGUUUGGUAGCAUUGGAGUUCUUCCAGUCGAUUAUUGGAACGCAGGUCCUUGAAACCUCUGGAUUGGUCGAUAGUAGAUGGGGACAUCCUGAGAACAUUCCUUCUCCUGUUAUGGAACAGGUAAUCCUGAUUGCCAAACAUGUGUAUUUGGGUAGAAAGGAAACUUUGGAUGCUGAAUUCAUCCCAUUACAUGUUAGCAACGUUUCUCCGCCAGCUGAACAAGUUUCUUAUCUUGUUUCAUUAGGUAUGACGAGACUGGAAGCAGACCAUUACUUCAGACACUUGCAAGAUGUGAGAGACAUAGCCAAUAAGAAAUGGCCAGAUUGUCCACAAUUUGAUAUUUCUGAAGAGCAAUGGGAGAAGUAUGGUCAAAUGAUCAGAGAAGAAAAUGCCAACUUCGAUCUUACCUUCCCAACUUACAGAAAGAGUUCCGAGCUUAGAGAAUUGCGUAAAAGUGGCAAGAACCUGCUCGUUGUGGAAUUUCUUGCUAUAGCUAAACAGUUUCCAAGGACUGUUGAUGCUAUUAACGAGUUCUUUCUUACUAUAUUUGUUGACGUUCAGGAAGUAGUUGGUAAGAUCUUCGAAUCCAUUGUAUAUCUUGUAGAUAUCCAGAAUGAUAAGGGUCAAAAUUUGGCUGUAUCCAUCCAUUUGCUUCAGUUACUCUUGAGAAAUGAAAGAUGGUCUCGUUCAAGUGGUCCCAUCUAUGAAAAGUUUGCCACUUUCAUAGCUAGCGAAAUCGAGAACCACGGAGAACUCAUAAAUGAGGAUUACUUCUCCCAUAGUUUGACCCUUUUUGAACAAAUCCUUGUAUUCAGAGAUUUUCCAGUUCCAGAACCAACUGAAUAUAACGAAAUCAAGUACAAUGAUAUCGUUUUGCCGUUUGUUAUUGACGAGGAAAAGAAUUCGCAAAUAUUUGAGGGAAUCUUGAAUUUGAAAAAUUUUACCAGUAUGACAUCGGUUAUUGCAGUCACAAGGAUCUUAGUCUUAUAUGCCAGGAACGAGACUUAUGUCAUGAGAAUAAUCAAAUCUGAUUUGUUCAAGGAGUUAAUAACACUUCCCAAACUUCUUUCUAAGAACGUAGCUGGAGUGGAAUUGUUGAAGACACCUUUGGUAAUUUUGAUCAGAAGAUGCCUUGAAACAACUGACGUUUUGCAUUCUCACUUUGCAGAAGAGGUUAGAAGCCAGUUUGGCUCUUCGUUCAAGAGAACGAAGGAUCUUCGUUCGUUUCUAAGAGAGGCAGCCCCUUGUGUCAUGCGCAACCCAGAAGCUUUUGUUGACUAUAUUUCUACCUGUAUUCGUCUUGAAGGCUAUGAUGGCCAUCCGCUGUUUUUCGAGGAUAAAUUGCCCAUUGUAAGAAUAAAGACACAGACAGUGGAAGAUGUUGAGAUGUCAGAAGCCGAUGAACAGAAACCUGUCGAAGAACAAAAGGUUCUAGGGUCCAGUGGGGUCAUGUACAUUCUUUUGAAGAACUUGAUGGAAGCUGUUAGGAGUGACUGGACAACUGAUACAACUGAAGAAUCAAACGAAAGUGUUGUUACUGGAACUGGCAACUACAACUAUAUCUGUUUCCUCGUCAAAACAAUAGCUGAACUUCUUGGUUCGUACAAACAGUCUAAGUUGGAAUUUUUGACUUUCUCCAGAAAGCCGAAUACUGAUGAAAAAGUGAAACCUCGUCCAACUGCUCUUAAUUUCUUUAUUCACCAGCUCAUACCCAAACAUCUGCUUGAGAAGCCAUCUGUCAUUGAGCUUUCUAGAAGGUCAAUGGUGUCCGCUCUUGCUAAAUUGGCAAUUACCUCUCUAGUGUCAACGCCUCUUUUGACUGAGAAAACUGUUCAAACCAUCAAAGAUGAAGAUAUUGAGAUGUCUUAUAUCAGAAAAUACUUCGUAGAGAUCUUGCUGAGAAUAUUUAAAGAUACUGCCAAUCUGUCAGCUGUGAAUACCUUGAAGUACGGUAAGUUAGCUGACUUAUUUGAGCUUUGUAGUUCGGUUAUCUCAACAAAGUAUCGUGAGGAGGGUGGUCUUCAAUUGGAUUCUGAAGGUACUAAAUGGGACAUCUUCUUCAUCACCAAAGCACUCUUAGAAAAACAGAUACCUGGACAAAUCACCUCGAUUGUUGCUGACUUGGAUUUGAACUAUCCAGAUAUCGAUAAGGUUAUCAAAGCUUCUUUGAAGACUGUUACUGCAAUCGCAAAGGCAAAGGUGGAAGAUUCCGAAGUUCAUGAAGGUGAACACCAGGGAGACAAAGAAGAUGAUGACAUUGUUCCAGAAGAAGUGGACGACAGGGAGGAAACUCCGGAUUUGUUCAGAAACUCCACCUUGGGCAUGUAUGACGUGGAUUUCGAUUCCGAUGAAGAAGAAGAUGAGUUAGACUACUUUGAAGAAGGACCAUUGGAAGUGUUGAUGUCUGGUGAAGACAUUUCUGCUUCUGAAGAUUCUUCAGGUCUUUCAGACUUGGACUCUGACAUGGAGGAUGAAGAUAUUGAGGAUGGGUAUCAAGAAGUUGAAGAUAUUAAUCAAGAUGUCAGUGAAGAUGAAUUAAAUGAAGACUUAGAUUCAGAAGGCAGUAUUGAUGACAUUGAAAUUAUCGAUGAGUUAGACCUUGGUUCUCACAGUGACAGAGGGGAUAAUGAGACUGAAGAAGGAGACAACGAAUCCACUGAUGCUUCUGACUUCUACGAUUUUGAAGAUGAUGGGGAAGUCAGUGAGUACGAUUCAGAAGUACUUGAUGGCUGGAUAGAGGAGUUUGAAAGAGAAGAUGACUCAGCCAAUGAAGGCGACGAAAGCGACCUUUUGGCAAGACUAGGCCGGAACAUUAUGGACGGUACGCGUAGACGUAGUCGUAAUGCGGAUGAUAACGAUAAUGAAUCUAGUGGAAGCAUUAGUGACAGCGAAGGUGACGAUUUGGAAUUUAAUCCUUCUAACACAAACCGCUCAGUGCUCGAUAGCAACGGUUUUCCAUCUCCUGCGUUAGCUGUGUUAUUGGAUAAUUUUUUUCGUGAUGCUGAUUUUGCUGUACAAGUCAAUGGUAUAGAAACACGCUUUGAUGGAAAUCGCGAUGGAAGCAUCACGCGUUAUUUUGAGAAUGUGAUGCGCAACAGGCAUAAGUCUGAUUCAGAUCCAGUUAGUCACAUACAUAUCAAAUCGGUUAAGGAUCGUUGGAAUGACUACUUGAGGAUCUUCUAUCCCAACAAAAAUAAGGACGCAAUUUUAUUUCGUGCUAUUCCAGGCAUUGUCAACAGAAUUGAGAGUGACAGUAUCGACUUGUUCAGAAGGAACAAGGAAGAAGCUGAUAGAAAGAGAAAAGAAAGGGAGGAUAAAAGGAGACAGCAGGAAGAAGAAGAAAGGAAGAGAAAGGAAGAAGAAGCUCAUGAACGCGAGCUUCAUGCUACAAACACAACUCCUCACGAACCAGUGAUUGUCCGUAUAGCAGAUAGAGAGGUUGACAUCAGUGGAACUGAUAUCGAUCCGGAGUUCUUUGAAGCUUUGCCGGAUGAUAUGAGAGAAGAGGUCUUCACGCAGCACGUACGAGAAAGACGAGCUAAUGCUACAAGCACCGGUUCUGAUGCCAGAGAGAUCGAUCCUGAUUUUCUCAAUGCUUUGCCUGACCAAAUAAGGGAUGAGAUUCUUCAACAGGAAGAAUUGGCCAGAGAUUAUGGAAUUCAUGAAAGAUUGGAUUCUGGUGAAUCAGAAGAUGAACAGGAAGAAUGGUACGAGGAGCCCAGAUUUUAUUCAAGAAAUGAAGAAACUGAAGAAACGAAGAAACCCAAGUCAAGGAAGGUUUUCUAUACACCUUUGGUAGAUCGUCAAGGGGUUUCAGCUUUAGUGCGUAUUCUCUUUGCACCUUUGACUAUCAACCAAAGAGAGAAUGUUUUCCAUACUUUGCAGUACUUGUGCUACAGCAAGCAGACAAGAUUGGAAGUCAUGAGUAUGUUGAUUGCAAUUUUGCACGAAUGUUUUACGAAUCAGCGCACAAUAGAGAAAAUCUACGCUCAGAUUUGUAGUCGUGCUUCUGGCAGCAAGGAAAUCAAGAAGCACAGCCAUCUUCCGGUAGGCUCCACUACUAUUUCAAUUGGUAUUCAGAUCAUUGAAGCAGUGGACUAUUUGUUGGAACGCAACACCCAUUUACGGUACUACAUUCUUACCGAGCAUGAAAAUCCGUUCAUUUUGAAGAAAGUCAACAAGAAGUUGAAGUUGAAGGAUUUCAGCAAAGAAUACAAAUACUCCAUCAAUUACUUGAUGAUGCUUCUUGAAAAUAACUUGGUAAAGAAUGACCAGACGUUCAUGGAUAUACUUGCCAGAGUAUUACAGAUCUCGACUAGACCAUUGCAUGUAUUGCAGAAGUUGGAAAGCGAAGGUGAGAAGAAUGAGAAGAAACAGGCUCCUCCAUUUCCACCUCCAGUUAUCCCCAACAGCAAUUUCCGUCAAAUCAUCAAAAUUUUAACUGCUAACGAAUGUUCCAAUACGACUUUCAGACGAACCAUUAGUGCCAUGCAAAACUUGUCAGUAUUGUCGAAUGCUCAAAACAUUUUUUCGUUAGAGCUUUCAGAACAGGCUGCUGCUUUGGGUCUAUCGAUUGUUGGAGAUUUAAAAUCUUUAACCACAGAACUCACUCAGUCCACUUCGUUUAAUACUGAAAGUAAGUCAUUUGGCAAAUUCAGCGCAGCGUCUUCGGACCAAGCUAAGUUAUUAAGAAUUUUGACAGCUUUGGAUUAUAUGUUUGAAUCGAGAGAAAAGGAUAGGGAUAUAGAAAGUGAUGCUGCUGCUCUUGGAAAGUUAGGCGAAAUUCAGGAGUUGACUGACUUGUACAAGAAGCUUGGACUUGGUAACCUUUGGGAUGCACUCAGUGAUUGUUUGCGUGAAUUGGAAGAUAAACAGGAUUUGGCUAAUGUAGCCACGGCUUUAUUGCCCUUGAUAGAAGCAUUGAUGGUGGUCUGCAAGCACAGCAAGGUUCGUGAACUACAGAUCAAGGAUGUAGUGAAAUAUGAAGCCAAGAAAAUCGAUUUCACCAAGGAACCGAUUGAGAGAUUGUUCUUCUCAUUCACAGAUGAGCAUAAGAAGAUCUUGAACCAGAUGGUUAGAACUAAUCCAAAUCUUAUGAGUGGUCCAUUUGGCAUGUUGGUUAGAAAUCCGCGUGUAUUGGAGUUUGACAACAAGAAGAACUACUUUGAUCGCAAGUUACACUUGGAGAAGAAUGAAAACUCGAAGCUCUCUAUCAACGUUCGCCGUGAGCAGGUCUUCUUGGAUUCGUAUAGAUCUCUUUUCUUCAAGUCUAAGGAUGAAUUCCGGAACUCUAAGUUGGAAAUCAACUUCAAGGGCGAAUCUGGUGUUGAUGCUGGAGGUGUUACCCGUGAAUGGUAUCAAGUAUUGUCCAGACAAAUGUUCAAUCCAGAUUAUGCUUUAUUUUCUCCAGUUGCUUCUGACGAAACUACAUUCCAUCCUAAUAGAACUUCGUACGUCAAUCCUGAGCAUUUGUCGUUCUUUAAGUUUAUUGGAAGAGUCAUUGGUAAAGCUAUAUAUGACAAUUGCUACUUGGAUUGUCAUUUCUCACGUGCUGUCUACAAACGUAUCUUGGGCCGUCCAGUAUCAUUAAAGGACAUGGAGACGUUGGACUUGGAGUACUUCAAGUCAUUGAUGUGGAUGUUGGAGAACGAUAUUACCGAUGUCAUCACUGAGGACUUCUCGGUAGAAACAGAUGACUACGGUGAACACAAAAUCAUUGAUUUGAUUCCCAAUGGAAGAAAUAUUCCUGUCACAGAAGAGAACAAACACGAUUACGUAAAGAAAGUUGUUGAGUACAGAUUGCAAACUUCAGUUGCUGAACAGAUGGACAACUUUUUGAUUGGGUUCCAUGAAAUAAUCCCCAAGGAACUUGUUGCCAUCUUUGACGAACAGGAGUUGGAGUUGUUGAUUUCGGGCUUGCCAGACAUUAGUGUCAUCGACUGGCAGAGUCACACAACUUACAAUAACUACUCUCCGUCGUCGUUGCAGAUCCAAUGGUUCUGGCGUGCUGUCAAGUCGUUCGAUAAUGAAGAAAGAGCCAAAUUGCUUCAGUUUGCAACUGGUACUUCCAAGGUGCCGUUGAAUGGUUUCAAGGAGUUGAGUGGAGCCAAUGGAACAUGUAAGUUCAGCAUCCAUAGAGAUUAUGGCCUGACGGAGAGAUUGCCAUCUUCUCAUACUUGUUUCAACCAGAUAGACUUGCCUGCGUACGAGACAUAUGAAACUUUGAGAGGGUCGUUGUUGCUAGCCAUCACCGAAGGUCAUGAAGGGUUUGGUUUAGCAUGA